AUGGGGAACUUUAAGAUGCUUCCAGGAGAUAUCGUCCUCAACAUCUUAAAACGUUUACCAACAGAAUCAGUUCUAGACUGCAAGUUGGUCUCCAAAACAUGGAAUAAGGUGAUCAGCCAUAAAUCAUAUUCUCAAUCUCACUUGAAUCACCUCCUUAACAAUCUUGAUCCUGCUGGUAGUUCUGGUGGUAAGUUUACUUUCCUUACUGUGAAUGACAACCCAAUCUAUGCAUACAGACUGUUCCAUUAUAUUGAAUUUUAUGAUAAGAAUUUUUCUUCAGAGGAACAACCAUUUCAUAGAGUUGCAAGAAUGAAACUAAACCCUGCUCCGUUUAAGUUCUAUAAUUUUUGUGGUAGCUCUAAUGGUUUAGUUUGUCUGAAUGGAGUCCUUGAUAAUGAGUGGGUCAAUUAUGAGCCACUUUAUAUAUGUAAUCCCAUCACCAGGGAAUUUGUGUUUCUACCUGAAUUUGAGAGAACAUAUGAUCGUCAUGAACGAUUGGUAACUGGAUUUGGUUAUGUUUCUAAGACGAAUGAGUACAAGGUUGUGAGAAUGUAUAACCUGCGGAAAGAACCCAAUUCUGUACAUGUUGAGGUGUACACACUCGGUAGUGGCAAAGGAUGGAGGAACAUAGGGAAGAAAUUCAACAAAGAGCUGAAGAUGUUUACUUCUAUUCGUGGUCUGCUUCUGAAUGGGUCUCUUUAUUAUGAGCUUAGUGAUGGCAACAUUCCGGUUUUUGAUUUGGCUAGUGAAACUUUUUCUGAAUUACCUGAAGGUUUUCCCAUUUCUUGGACACUUGGGGUUUUGGGGGGUUAUUUGUCAGCUACCUAUUAUGAUAAAGAAUCCAAGACCUUUAAGGUAUUGCUAUUGAAGGAGAAUAAAAAGAAGAACAACAACAAGAAGAAGAAGGAAGAUGGGCCAUCAUUGACUUGGAUUAAAGAAUUCAGUUUAAGCAACAUGGAUACAUUUGAAUAUCUCGUCCUCACGGGUAGGGGUACAGUUCUGUGUCGCUCAGAGACAGAGGUCCAGAUGUAUGAUCUAAAUUCUUCAUCUUCAAAACUGCUUGUGGAUUUUGGCAAGGAUAAAGGCAUAUUUGAAGCAAUCCCGCAUAUGCACACCUUGGUUUCAUUAAAAGCACUAGGAGAAGAAAAUACAAAAACAAUGGAAACAACUGACGUACCACUACCAGAAGAUGUGAAAUUUGAUAACCCAUGGGAGGAGAUGUUUUAUCAAAGGCGUGUGCAGGAUGGGGACGAUGAGUAUUAUCAAUGUGUGAGGGCGGCGCCCUGUAGGCUACAAUAG